UUGUGGAAAUCUAGAAUUCAGGGAAAAUUCAUAGAAACUGCAAUGUUUACAAAUACCGGAAGUCACGCAAUCCCUUCUUCACAGUAUCUAUUUUGGCGGGAAAGCAGGAAAACAAGCCGGGAAUUUGUAAGAAGAUGGUGUCUGGAGCUAAAGAGAAGCAAAAACAGAUAAUAUUGCUUAUGAUGAUGAUGCUGGAUGAAGAGUUGCCAGUCACUUAUGCAAAACGAAUGUGGGCACAGCAAUGGCUCCUACGAAGAGAAGAAACAGGCGGGUUCCAUACAAUUUUUCAGGAACUGGCCGCUGAAGAUACGCCUGGAUUUAGCAAGUACACGAGGAUGCUCUAUCCAAAAUGUGUUGCUUUAACUGAGCUGAUAGCGCCAUAUAUUAACAAGGAAGAUACUUGCACGAGAAGCUCUAUCUCAGCAAGCGAAAGGUUAGCCUUGACCCUACGCUUUCUCACUACAGGCGAAAGCUGUCAGUCACUUUCCUUUCAGUUUCGCAUUGGAAAAGCAACUGUCAGUGGAAUUGUCACAGAAGUGUGUGAUGCAAUUUACAAUGUGCUUGGAAAGGACUUUCUUCAGACACCUCAGCAAGCUAAGACAUGGUCUGAAAUAGCAGAACUGUUCCAUUUGAGAUGGAACAUACCAAAUAAUAUUGGAGCAAUAGACGGAAAACGUAUUCUUAUACAGAAGCCUGCUUAUGCUGGUUCACACUUUCAUGAUUACGAAGGAAAUGAAAGCAUAAUUGCCCUAGUUGUUUCCGGGCCAGAUUAUGAAUGCUUUUAUGUUGAUGUGGGCACUAAUGGAAGAAACCAAGAUGGGCAUGCCUGGGGCAGGUGCUUCCUUAAAAAGGCACUAGAUAGUCCAGACAACCCAUUAAAUGUGCCACCUCCACGCCCACUGCCAGGGCGUGUGACACCAGUCCCUUUUGUUCUCACCGGUGAUGAGGCCUUUGGGUUAGCAAAGUACAUGCUUAGGCCUUAUCCCAGCAGGAAUCUCACUGUGGAACAAAGAAUUGCCAACUAUCGCAUUUCGAGGGGUAGGAGAAUUUCGGAAAAUAUUUUGCGAAUUCUUGGAAACAGGUGGUGUUGCUUUAGAGUGCUAUUUUUGUUAGCUCCAUAUAAAGUAAAGAGAAUUACCCUGGCUGCACUUACCCUUCAUAACUGGCUAAGAGCUGAUACCAGUACUCGAAACAUUUAUUGUCCACCCACACUUAGUGACAGGGAGGAUCCAGAAACAGCAGAAAUUAUUCCUGGGUCAUGGAGAGAUGACAUACCAGCAGAUUCUUUCCUAGAUUUACAACCUUCAGUAUCAAGAAAUUGCUCUAGUGAAGCUAAAAAUAUGCGGGAAGAAUUCACCCAGUGGUUUAACAAUGAAGGCAUUUGUCAUGGCAAAGACAUAUGUGCCGAUUGUAAACCCAUUGGACAUACAAAAUGCAUGAUAAAUCCUUUCAUGAUCACUUCCAGAGAAGUGAUGAAUAUGUAACUUCUCCUUAGAUUAUCAAGACA